AUGGCCACCAUCCUUUUUGCCUCGGCCGCCGACGGCGUGGGUACGCAGGACGCCCCCAAACAUCUCCACUUCUACAUGCACGACGCCUACACUCCCAAACCCACCACUGUUCUAAUCGUCAACGGGACCGGCCAGCCGCUGAAGGGCUCCGGCGGCGGCGCCCGGUUCGGUGACACGGUGGUCAUGGACGACCGCCUCACCGAGGGCCCUACGCUGGCGUCGAGAGUCGUCGGGCGUGCCCAGGGAUUCUACGUGACAGCAUCCCAGGGCGACCCCGCGAUGCUCCUCGCCAUGAACGUGCUGCUCGAGGACGGGCCUUAUAACGGGAGCUCGCUGACCGUGAUGGGCCGCAACAACAUCGCGAUGCCGGAGCGGGAGCUGGCGGUGGUUGGCGGGACCGGGGUUUUCAGGAUGGCCACCGGGUACGUGCUCUGGAAAACUGCGAGCUGGACCGGGAGGAACGCCGUCCUCGAGCUGGAUGCCUUCGUCUACGUGAGUCCGGCGGCCGCCGGUGCAUGA